UGUGAUACGGCACUUUACACACUCUGUUUUCUAUUAAUAUAUAAACAUUAUCUAUAAAAGUAAUUUAUAAAAAUGCAUCCUAUUUACAAGUGAUCAUUGAAAAUUAAAAAAUGUGCUAAAGUGACAUGGUGUUGAGUGAAAAACUCGAAAGUUCGGAUCUUCAAUUCUGCGAGGACCGACAACCGCUCGAGAAAGAGAUGAUUUUUUUGUGGAUUUAAAGAAUUUGCGAAUUUUUUCGCAGGAAAAACUCUUCAUUUAAAGUUCUUGGACUGUCGCGAUAUGCAGGUGUGGGUUGAAAAAUCUGUGAAAAUCUCCUCUCUAUUUUAUGGGAAAUUGGCCAAUUAUUGAAACGGAGGCUGCUAAUUAUCAGUUACAUCUGACAAGUGGAACUGAUUCGAAAAAAAUGGCUGCGACUUUCGAUCAGUAUGAUAAGUCCAGUUGGUACUUUGGGGCAAUAUCGAGACACGAUGCUGAAGAGUUGCUGAAGAGUGAAAAAGAAGGUGGCGUGUUUUUAGUACGAGACAGUACAUCAAUUACUGGCGAUUUUGUACUUUGUGUCAAGGAGGACAGCAAAGUUAGCCACUACAUUAUAAACAAAAUUCAACAAGGUGAUCAACUACGAUUUCGGAUAGGAGAUCAAAUGUUUUCUGAUCUUCCGAAUCUUUUAGCAUUUUACAAACUCCAUUAUCUUGACACCACGCCACUUAUCAGGCCAGCGCCGAAGAAAUCGCACAGGGUAAUUGCAAAAUACGAUUUCGAGGGCAAGGAUUCUGAAGAUUUGCCUUUCAAAAAAGGGGAGAUUUUAACGAUAAUUUCAAAGUACGAGGAGCAGUGGUGGACAGCGAGGAACAGUCUCGGGCAAACCGGCUCGGUGCCAGUUCCCUACGUUCAAAAAUACGACGAGGAUGGUCAUCAUAUUGAGAAUGCACGACCCGAGAGUGGCGGAAGUUCCGGCUCGAAUUCGAAUUCGAAUCUGGGGCCAAUCUCGGCCCAGCCAACUCAUCCCGAAUUUUCCGUCGCUCCCGCCAAUCGACGGACGAAUAUUCAACGGAUUCUGCCGGCCCUCGCCAAAGUCAAACAGUCCCGGGUGCCAAAUGCCUAUGACAAAACGGCCCUGCAGCUCGAGGUUGGCGACGUGAUCAAAGUCACUAAAACGAAUAUAAAUGGUCAGUGGGAGGGCGAGCUUCACGGAAAAGUUGGCCACUUUCCCUUCACGCACGUCGAAUUUGUCGAGAAUGAGCCGAGCGAGGAGACGGAGGAAAUUUAGCAAAACACUUGUUGCGAAAAUAUCCGGCCCCGGACUUGAACGUUUCUAGGGAACGUUAAAUUAACUUUGCGAAAAUAACAUUUUGGUGAAAUCUACGUCAUUAGGGGUGCCCUUUUCAAAACUAUAAUCUUUCCUCGGAAAAGUCUUAUUCUCCAAUUUUACUCCCUUUUCUGAACAGUAUUUCAAUUUUUUUUUCCUGAAAUAUGAACUUUAGUGGCCAAAUAAUUUUUUUUAAAAAUGCAUUACUCAUAAAAUAGGAUUUGGUUAUUUUCUUAAAAGGUAGAAAUUGUGGAUUAAGAUUUUUAUUAAAAAAGAAACAAACAAGAAUUUAGUUUUUAAAUGGGCGGCGUUAUUGA